AUGGCCACAGCGGCUUCCAAUCCUUACCUGGCCAGCAACAGCAUUCUCUCCUCAUCAGGCUCGGCCGUGCACUCGGACUCCGGAGGUGGCAUGCAGCCGGGAAGCGCUGCCGUUACUUCAGUGUCAGCCGGAUACAGAGGAGAUCCCGCGGGCAAAAUGGUGCAGAGUGAAUUUAUGCAAGGAGCCAUGGCGGCCAGUAACGGGGGCCACAUGUUAAGCCAUGCUCAUCAGUGGGUCACCUCACUUCCUCACGCCGCUGCCGCCGCAGCAGCUGCGGCCGCCGCAGCAGCAGCCGAAGCCGGAUCGCCUUGGUCUACUAGUCCCGUGGGAAUGGCGGGCAGCCCGCAACAGCAAGAUGUCAAGAGCACUUCGACCCGAGACGAUCUGCACUCCGGUGCCUCGCUGCACCACCGGGGUACUCACGGAGCUCACCAGGCGCACCAAAGCGCAUGGGCUGGCACCACGGCGGCGCACAUCAGCACCAUCACCGCGGGCCAGCAACAGUCUCAGCAGGCUCUCAUUUACUCUCAACCAGGUGCGUUCACCGUCAACGGGAUGCUAAAUCCCGCCAGUAGUUUGGUUCACCCGGGUCUGAUGCGCGGCGAAUCGCCCGAAAUGGACCACGGCAGUCACCAUCAUCACCACCACCACCAUCACCAUCAUCCUCACCAUAACCCCCACCAGCAGCAGCAGCAGCACGCGCACCAUCCUCACGCGCAGCACCACGGCGUAAACAGCCACGACUCGCAUUCAGACGAGGACACGCCGACCUCCGACGACCUCGAGCAGUUCGCCAAGCAGUUCAAACAGCGUCGCAUCAAGCUCGGCUUCACGCAGGCCGACGUUGGCUUGGCUCUUGGCACACUCUACGGCAACGUUUUCUCACAGACCACCAUCUGCAGGUUCGAGGCGCUGCAGCUUAGCUUCAAGAACAUGUGCAAGCUCAAGCCGUUGCUGAACAAGUGGCUGGAAGAGGCCGACUCGAGCACCGGCAGCCCUACGAGCAUCGACAAAAUAGCGGCGCAGGGCCGCAAGCGCAAGAAGCGCACCUCCAUAGAGGUGAGCGUAAAAGGGGCCUUGGAGAGUCACUUCCUCAAAUGCCCUAAACCUUCUGCGCAGGAGAUCUCCUCCCUGGCGGACAGUCUGCAGCUGGAAAAGGAGGUGGUUCGAGUUUGGUUCUGCAACCGGAGACAGAAGGAGAAGAGGAUGACACCGCCUGGUGUGGGCCAGACGCCGGAGGACGUGUACUCUCAGGUCGUCAACGAGAGCUUUGUGGUAGAUUGCUUAAAAGAUGCAAGUUUGAAAGAUGAACCCGACGACCAGGUGGACACAACUUCGAGCUCCUAUCGACAGCUCAUUCUGGUGCAUUGA